AGCUAUUUAAAGAAGCCUGUAAGAUAGCAUAUUAGGAAGCUUUAAAGGCAGGUUGGAGUGUGGGGUGGACUUAAAUUCGAUGUAAAUGCAAGGGUAAAAAAAAAAAAAAAAUCAAAACCCAAAACAAACCACAUCGUUUUCAUUUAGAAAAAAAAAAAAUACAGUUAAACAGACACACAUACAAAUGUGCAAUCUUAGAUUCUGGUCAGUAUUUAAAAGCAGUAUAAUCAACAGGAAGGAGCACUUACCUAUUGAAAAGGAUGGUUUAAUGAUAUAUAUUAAUGUAUAUUAGCUUUAUGUCUUCCCAAUAAAAUGUACACAAAAUACCCCCUUCGAUCAGAUUAGCUCCCAUAUUAGCCUGGGUAAGAAAAAGCAUUCUAAAGAGUGGAGGAAAAAAUGUAUAAAAAUGUUGAAAGAACCUACAGUUCCUUAUUAGGCGAAGAUACAAUAUUUAUUCCUUGUCUCCUGGGAUGAAGCUCCUCUAUCUAUUGUCCUCCCAGUUCUCAGUGCUGAUGCUUAAUUUUCAAAACUUCUAUAUUACCAAGGGACCUACGACAUCAGCCAAAGAAAUACCCAGCAAGUACAAAAUCUGAUCCAGGGAGCAGCUUUUGUGCAGAGGGAAAAUUUUGUUCCUACAGGUUUUUAAGGAGGUGCAUGGAAAAGCGAGAGAUCUGGUCUAUGCAGAUACAUUGCAAAUUCUCUCUCUCUGUAGAGAUUUUUUCUAAAAAAAAUUUGGGGAAAUACACGAACUUUGGAUUUUUCAAGUUUUUCCUUUUUUUUUUUUUUUUUUUUUUUUUUUUUUUGUUUGGAGAGGGGAAUUUUAUCCAGAGGGUUUGUGGGGUUUUUUCCUUUUUUUUUUUUUUUUUUCGGAGAACCAAAAAAUGUCAACUACCUUUCCAGGUCUCGUCCACGAUGCAGAGAUACGUCAUGAUGGAUCAAACAGUUACCGUUUGAUGCAGCUUGGAUGCCUGGAGUCUGUGGCCAACUCGACCGUCGCCUACUCCUCAUCAUCUCCUCUCACUUACUCCACCACGGGCACCGAGUUCGCCUCCCCGUACUUCUCCACUAACCACCAGUACACCCCACUGCACCACCAGUCCUUCCACUACGAGUUCCAACACAGCCACCCGGCAGUCAACCCCGACGCUUACUCCUUGAACUCUCUCCAUCACUCCCAGCAAUACUACCAGCAGAUCCACCAUGGGGAACCCACUGAUUUCAUCAACCUGCACAAUGCGCGGGCGCUCAAGUCCUCUUGCUUGGACGAGCAGAGGAGAGAGCUGGGGUGCUUAGAUGCUUACCGCCGCCACGACCUGUCUCUUAUGAGCCAUGGAUCCCAAUAUGGGAUGCAUCCAGAUCAAAGACUCCUGCCAGGACCAAGCCUCGGGCUUGCAGCCUCGGGAGCAGACGAUUUGCAGAGCUCAGUGGAGGCCCAGUGUGGACUUGUACUGAACGGGCAAGGAGGUGUGAUAAGAAGAGGUGGCACAUGCGUUGUUAACCCCACCGACCUGUUCUGCUCUGUUCCUGGUCGCUUAUCACUACUCAGCUCCACUUCGAAGUACAAAGUGACCAUCGCAGAGGUGAAGAGGCGCCUUUCACCACCAGAAUGCCUCAAUGCUUCCCUCUUAGGAGGUAUUUUGAGAAGAGCAAAAUCCAAGAAUGGAGGACGCUGCUUGCGAGAAAAAUUAGACAGACUGGGACUGAAUUUGCCUGCAGGAAGAAGAAAAGCAGCAAAUGUCACACUCUUGACUUCCUUGGUAGAAGGAGAAGCAUUACAUUUGGCCAGAGAUUUCGGCUACACCUGCGAAACAGAGUUCCCUGCCAAGGCGGUAGGAGAGCACAUUGCCAGACAGCACAUGGAACAGAAAGAGCAGACAGCGAGGAAAAAGAUGAUCCUAGCAACAAAACAAAUAUGUAAAGAAUUCCAAGACCUUCUAAGUCAAGACAGAUCACCUCUCGGAUCCUCUCGACCGACUCCAAUAUUAGACCUCGACAUCCAGAGACAUUUAACACAUUUCAGUUUGAUCACUCAUGGUUUUGGAACUCCUGCAAUAUGUGCUGCCCUAAGCACUUUCCAAACUGUUCUCAGUGAAAUGCUGAACUACUUGGAAAAGCACACAUCGCACAAAAACGGAGGAGCGGUGGAAUCCGGCCAAGGACACGCCAACUCGGAGAAAGCCCCCCUGCGGAAAACUUCAGAGGCUGCUGUGAAAGAGGGCAAAACAGAAAAGACAGACUAGCUACAUCAAACAGAAUCUAUUUCGAGAGAGUCUUGCUGCUGAUAUUUUUUUUAAAUAUAUAUAUCAUUGAGGGCAAUUUAUCUCCAGUGGACCAAAUCCAAAAAAAGGGAAAAAAAAAAAAAAAGAAAGAAAAAUCAAAUAAAUUAAAAGAAAAUAAAAAAGAGAAAGAUUAAAACAGAGAGAAAGAGAGAGAGUGAGAGAGGAAAGUAUUCAAUCUUAAGAACAUCAUUGUACAGUAAUUGUGUGAUGAAAUUGUCACUUUUUAAAAAUUUAUGUUGCUCUAAACUACUUUUUUGUGCACGUAGUAUUUGAUUGUUCUGAAUGAUGAUACACUAACACUGUUUUUUAUAAGCACUUCUGGACUUGGCUGAGGUGGCACAUGAAAUUUGAAGCACUUUCUUCUCCAGCAGCAGAGUUAGGGCCAGUGCUUUGGUUGUGGGACAUGCAGUUCCAGUAUCCUGACUUUGCUUGCAUGCUGGAUAGAUUGAAAGAAGGGCUUCCUCUGAUCCAUCGGAAUUGCCUGAUCUACUCACCAUUGGGAAAACAAUAUGGAAACCUGGCAAAAGAGGAAUUCUUGGGUCAUGGGACAAAUGAACUGUUUGGUGUUGGGGGCUACUCAUCCCCACGUGGGAAUGUACAAUAAAGCUGCACUGGAAUGAGGCCAGAACCUGCUCGGAAUCUGUCCUCAAGCAGCAAACAUGGUGUCUCUUUUGAAAAGAGCAUGGCAGACAAAAGUGAAAGAAAAAAACAACCUUGAUAGCUUCAAUAAAAGCCCUCAUGCCUCUGCGAACUUCAGAUUAAAUGACAGCAUGGGCUUCUGUCCUCUGUCUUCUCAGCCCCUGGCCCUAUAACACGGCAGUCUGCCAUACCUGGGUCUCUAUUUAACAGGUUCUAUCCAGGCAAUUAGAGCCAUCUUUUCUGUUGCCUUGAUUUUAUAAUGCUUUCUUUUCUUCAGCUUAUUUCUGCAGCUUUAUUGUCUUUAGAAAUACAGCUGAGAUGCAGAGGUCUAACAGAAUCCACUCAUUUCCUAAAAGAAAACAAAAUAAAACAAAACCAAAAUGACAAAUAAGACAGAUUGGCUUAGUCCACAGCAGCUACGUAGUAAUAACCUUGCUAAUGUACUUUUGAAAUACUACUUUUUACCACUCGUCCUCACACAGAAAACAUUGGAGACAUAGAUUGAGCUCAAGAGGCUUUUUCCAGCCACAUUCUAACUUCUUCAACAAGAAUUUUAUUCCAUUCCUUUUCUUGUUCCUCUGACAUCACUUUAUUGAGAAAGUUAGGCAGGAUUGGUAUUACAGGGUGGGGCUAUACUGGCCAUCUAAACUCUUUUUAAGAUCAGCAGAACCAGACCUUUUCUUCCAAGGGACAGUUCAUCUCUGUGUGGUAGGAAAUACUACAGUUGUCCACAUGUAAAUGUUCAGAACCCGUUGAGAUAUUUUAGAGUAUCUAAGACAGUCACAGAGUUUUGACCAAUACAACACGAAACCUAGAGGAGAACUGGACUCACCUGAGGAGGAACUGGAGGAUCCCAGAAGAUAACACUAGAUAUCCAUGGGUGGCCCCUUGACUGGCACACCAAGUAUCUAGGAUAGGUAGAAGGGAUCAUCUGGAAGUGCCUGUUAUUCUUCACAGAUAAUAGCUAGAAUGUAACAGUGUCAUUUUGCAUUGUACAUGACUGCAACUAGAUUAAUCAUCCUCCUCUCCCUACAAUCAGCAGAGAGAAAAAGGCCCUUACAGUAUGCAGUUUAUCUCACCUCAAAGCAAUGAUGAAUCAUGCCCUAAAAGUAUGUACUUUUCUCAACUAUGUAUAAAGGAAGCCAAGGAUAAAAGCGCUCAUUCACGUCUACAUCGUAGCUUUCUAGGGUCAGUUAACAUGCAUUACAUCUUGAAUGACCAGCUUUAGAAUAACCUAGGGACUAUGACAAAUAUCUGAGGGCAUUUACAGCCAUGAUGUAGAGGGUCAAAGUGAAUUAACAAAAUCAGCCUCACCUUCCAAAUGUAUGGAAGGAAACAGCACUUAUGGCAUGAUGCUUUUCCUCUUGAGAGGACAUUGCCAUCAUGGUGAGAAAACACAAUAGGAAAUAUUGAGUCCCUGUUUGCUUGCAUUAAAAAAAAAAAAAAAAAAGAUAUCCCAUGAUUUUGCCUAGAAUUGUCCUUGCUUACAUUAGGUAUGUAACUGAGAUACCUACUUUAGUGGUAUUUAGGCACCUUCUAUGCAUUGAAGGAAACAGGUGUAUCUCCAUGCGACUCCACCUCCUUAACACUCUAAGAUCAGCUAAGUGCCUAACAAAUUAAAUUUUACAGAAUGAAUUUUUCACUCCAGCACCUCUGGAGAAGUACUAAAAUCAAAUGAAUGAUCCUCAGAGAUGUCUUUGACAGAAACAUUGUGGGACUGCUCUAGAACAUGAAAUACUUCAGUGUGAAAGUAGGUGACCAUGAUUAAAAGUGAAAAGGAAAUUCAUUCUGCUUUUUCCAUUGACCAAACUGAGAGAGAGAAAAGGAGAGAGGGGAAAAUUAGAAGUUUUACUGUCAGAUACUCAGAUUUGCCACAUCAAAACGUAGUGUAAAGCAAUUUAAUCAUGGUCCUUUGCUUCAAAAUGUAGAUAAAUUUAAAUUAGAUUUUGGUUGAGGGGACAAAGAAAAGAAAAAAGUUUUUUAAAUCUGUUUAGAUUUUCUUCACUAAAAUAUCAAUCUUCUGGAGAAGGGGGAAUGUCUGGUUGGGAAAAUUAUUCUGUGAAAAUGUUGAGAAAGCAGCAUUUUAUUACAAUCAAAUUCAAAUGUCUGAUAUUGGAAAUAAUAUGUAUACAACUAUAUUUGAAAUAUUUACCUAUUCAGGAUAUGGUAAAAGAUUCCAACAAUAAUUUAUUUAAAGACUUGCAUCUUUUUUUGUUACAUAAUCACUAUGAGCCUCUGCUCUGGAAGCAACAAAAUAUUUUUGACCUGAAUUACCCCUUGAUUUAGUAAUAUUGAUAAACCUGAGUACUCUUGAAACCCCAGAGCUUCCAGGGUUUGACUUAAUGACCCCUACAUAUUCUUUUGUAAGAUUCAAUAGAGAUCUGAUUCAACCUGAUUAAACUGCUGUUUAUUCUUACCAUGAAGAGGCUACCUGCAUUUACAUCCCAAACUUUCUGGUUUUUCCUUUAGUAUAUUAGCACACUUUAAAAGCAAAAUUCUUUUAAAAAAGUAGCUGCAAGUUUGCUGACAUUCACAGGCUCUCUGUAUUUCAUUGUUAAUUGUUCCUGACAAUUUUAUUGAAAGAAAAAAUAAUUAUUACUGCAGUUUGGUGUCAAAUGCCUUUGAUUUUUGGAAUCAGAACUUUCAGUGUGAUUUUAAGCAAUGAAUUCACUGAUGUUGCUGUUAAAAUCUCAGCUUAAUCCAGUUAUACCUGCACAAUAUCCCCACGUUGUGUCUUUUUUUUAUAUUCUUAGUCUUUGUUUCUUUGUAAAUGUUACCAUCUUAAAACAUGAAUUAAAUCAGUCUGAAGGAAGGGCAUGGUUUGAAGUGCUCACUGGUGGCACUGGUAUCUCACUGGUAGCAAGUUCAAGUAUAUUUGUACUUUUUUGACUUUGAAAUUAAUCUGAGGUAAAAGAAAACAAAAAAAAAAAAAAAAGAAAAAGUUCUUCCUUUGAAAGAUCAUGGAAUUGUUUGUUCCAUUCAGGUCAAAACCAUCAAAGGAGUACAGAAAAGUGUCCAAACUUUUGGACACUGAAUGUGCAGCAAUGAAUCGUCAUGAUUUUUGAAACCCUGAAAAUAGAUUCAUUGCGGUCUGAGCAUUUGGAUCCUGCUGUUCUUCAGCCCAUCACUCAGCUUUGUAUGCGCUACAGCUUUCCCACCACGAACCUCACAACACUUUAAGUAGGUCUCUAAACUUGUUUCUUAUACUAAGCACUACCACAUGUGAGUCACAAAGACCAGCUAUUAACACCUGGAUCUAUUAGCAAAUUACUUAUGAAGUAAACAUACUGACAAACCACAUACUUGUCCUUCUAGAGCAAGGUGUUAGUGUGAGUUCAAGUAGCUCAUAUGUGGUCUAAGUUUAGAAGGCAAAUCUCUGGCAGAACUAGGAGUGACAUUCUUAUCUCCAACCUCUGCUCUGAGAUUUGAAUCUCUGUUCACAUAGUUCUCUAUUAGUAUCAUCAUGUCAGAGGUGUGUAGUAAAGGGAAAGUUUUAUGCAGAUAAUGAUAACUAGACAGUGUUCAUAUGGCCUGUAAAGGGGAGUGAACCACAGACAAGCAGUGAUGACCCUGCCCCCUACUACUGAAGACUGUCAAGAAUUUUGUCCUCCAUGCCACGAUCUUAAACCCUAACUCUUUCUAGGUGUCAUUCUGUUGCCUUGGAGAACUGGCACAAGGGGUGAAUUUGGACCUUUAAUUAACUUCUUUUUUAAAGAUAAACUUCAACAUUCAUUGGGAAAAGACUUCAGCUCUCCAAAUUAACAAGGAAUCUGCUCUUUGAAGCGUCUCUUUAACUUUUUCUAAGAACAAAAAAAUCUGCUAUAAGCAGGCACAAUGUAUAGUCCUUCCAUAUCCUGGACUUCUGUGUAAAUAUUUCCCCCGCUCAUCUCUUCCUUUGAAUGUUACUCAAUGGCACAGCAACGGCUCACAAUUUUGUGGCAAGGCUCAAGAAGGGCUGCUUUAUAGUUCGAAGAGCCAAUUUCUCUAACUGCUUUUUUGUUUGUUUGUUUGUUUUGUUUCCUAAUACCAACAAGCAGUUUUGGUCUUAGAUGUCUUAGGUAUCCAAAAGGGCUGAUGAUGAAUUGCAAGGUCAUUUGACUUUCAUUUAUCCUUUGGAGAGAGAGUUCUGCUGCUCUAAUUCUUUAUUUUUAAGGACAAAUAAAACCCCAGCAUUAAUAGAAGACACAAGCCUGCAACACAAGGAAGAAUCAAUAAACAUAAUUAUACAGGAAUUGCAUUUAUAAAAAUAUCCUCUGCCUCUGUCCUCAUUACAGGUUCAACAGGACUUCAGAACAGCUGUGUUGGAAAUGGGGGAGGAAGAUAAAGUAAUUUUCCUUUACCAGGUGAAGGUCAUUUGGAGAGAUCUGAUCUUUUUUUAUUGUUAUUCUUUAAUUUUCUUUAUUUUGUACAAUUGAUUCUGUUCUGUACAGCAGCUGUUGUGAUUGUAUUUAAAUGUGAGUGCACACUUGGUCACCAAAAAACAAUGUUCUACUUGCUGGUUUGGGAUUUUGGUUUGGAUUGGUUUUUUUUUCCUUUCACUUAAUUUAACUUAGUUUAUAAUUCAGUGGUGAAAAACAUAAUCUUUUAUAUUUCUAUUUCAUUUCCUAUACAAGCUACCUGUUUUACAUGAGUCUAUGAAGAUAAUGACCGCAUUUGAUCAAACAUUUCACGGCAAUAAAAUCUAUGUUGAUUUAA